CUAACUGGGGUUAAGUUUGGAAUUUUCCAAAACCCUAAUUCUCCAAAGAGCCCUUUUGACAUUCUAUGCUUUCAAGUCUUUUGCAUCAUUCACCUCUUUUAUCGUUAUUUCCAGAAGGCCCCAAAAUCUAGGGUUUCAUCACACCCUGCACCUCCUUCUCUGGUCGUUGUGAUGGCGAGGACAAAGCUUAUCCUGAUCUGCCAAUCUGGUGGGGAAUUUGUUGUCAAGGAUGAUGGAUCCAUGUCAUAUACGGGAGGAGAUGCACAGGCAGUAGAUAUCAAUCAUGAAACCCGAUUUGAUGAUCUCAAGUUAAAAUUGGCUGAAAUGUUGAAUUUAGAAUAUAAAUCAGUGAUCAUGAAGUAUUUUCUCCCAGGAAAUACGCGAACUCUCAUCACUUUAUCCAAUGAUAAGGACCUGAAAAGGAUGUAUGAAUUCCAUGGGAAUUCAGUAACUGCUGAUGUUUUUGUCCAGGGGAAAGCAGGUUUUGAUGCCGAAGCCUUCAACACACCAAAAAGGGCAUGUGGGAUAAAAGUGGCUGAAUCAGUGACCCCUGUUCCCGCCUUCACGACUUCAGCUGCCACUUUACAUGCUAGUCCUCUAUCAAAACAACCUGGAUGUAUUAUGUCUGUGGAAGAAAGGACCCAAACUGCAGGUGGAGUGGUGCAUAUGCCUACCAUGUCCCCUGCGUUUACAUCCACCGAUAAUGCGGAUGCUACUAGUUCCAUUCCAACUGGUUCCAUAUCUGCUACUGCUGAUGCAAGUCAGCACAGCUUGGACGUAUUUGAUAUGAACUGUACCCCUGCUGAUACUGUUAAGAAGCGAAGGCGCACUGCUGCCUGGAAAAUUGGUGCCAACGGUCCUACCAUUGGUUCUGUCACUGACCAUGUUGGGGAGAAAAGAAAACAUAUGUCCAAGAAGAAGAAUAUUCCUAGCCGGAACAUUGCUACAGAAACUGAUGACGUGGAUGAGAGGCAAGAUAUCCUCCACAGUAAAGAUAGUAGUACUAGCAAUGACCCUAUCCAGGCUAGUCUAGUGGAAUCAAAUGAUGCUCCACCUGAACUUUUACUCAAAAUAUGGAAAAAUGCUAUCACUGGCAUUGGACAGGAAUUCAACAGUGCUAAAGAAUUUCGUGAUGCGCUGCAAAAAUAUGCCGUUGCCCAUCGUUUCAUGUAUAAGUUAAAAAAGAAUGAUACUAACCGUGCAAGUGGCAGAUGUAUAGUCGAAGACUGUUCCUGGAAAAUUUUUGCAUCUUGGGACACAUCUGUGAAAAAGUUUAGGAUAAAGAGUAUGACUGAAACGCAUACUUGUGAAUCAGAGUUCAUGAAAUCUUAUCAUCCAAAACGAAGUUGGUUGGUUAGCAUCGUGAAAGACAGAUUACUUGAGCGCCCACAUCUCAAGACGAAAGAACUUGCCAACAUCAUUCGUCAAGAUUUUGGGAUUGCUGUGAACUACACUCAUGUUUGGCGUGCAGUUGAGGAUGCCAAGGAGCGACUUCUAGGUUCGUAUAAAGAGGCAUAUGACCAGUUACCGAGAUUUUGUGAGAAGAUGACAGAGGCAAAUCCUGGCAGUAAUAUUAAGCUUUUCACUGUUGAUGAGAGUAGAUUUCAGCGCCUAUUUGUGUGUUUUCAUGCUUCAAUACAUGGUUUUCAGAAUGGUUGUCGCCCUAUUCUUUUUCUCGAUGCUGCAUCUCUAAAAUCAAGAUACCAUGAGACUUUUUUGGCAGCUACUGCUUUGGAUGGAGAUGACGGUCUUUUCCCGGUUGCAUUUGCUAUCGUUGACACUGAGAAUGAUGAUAACUGGCGGUGGUUUUUGGAGCAGUUAAGAUCUGUACUUUCAGCUACUCAAUCCUUAACUUUUGUCUCGGAUAGAGAGAAGGGACUAAAGAAAUCAGUGCUCGAAGUAUUUGAGAAUGCCCACCAUGGAUAUUCUAUGCACCACCUUCUGCAAAGCUUCAUGAGAAACUUGAAUGGUCCAUACCAUGGAGAUGGGAAGGGUUCCUUGCCAAUCAAUUUUAUGGCUGCCGCCCAUGCAAUCCGACUUGAUGGCUUUAAAACAAGUAUUGAUCAAAUUAGACGGGUUUCUGCUCGAGCUUAUGCCUGGGUCCAGCAAAUCGAACCAGAAUGUUGGACAAAUGCAUUAUUUAAAGGAGAGCCCUAUAACCAUUUCACAUCAGAUGUUGCAGAGACAUACAUCAAGUGGAUAGAGGAAGUACAGGAGUUACCCAUUGUGCCAAAGAUUGAAGCGCUUUGUUCUAAGUUGAUGGAGUUGAUAAAUACUCGUCGAACAGAUUCAAGUAAGUGGCCCACAAAACUUACUCCAUCCAAGGAGGAAAAACUGCAACAAGAAGCCUGUUGCGCAUAUGGUCUUAAAGUCUUGUUUUCAUCCGAUACUCUCUUUGAGGUUCACAAGGAUUCCAUCAACGUUGUGGAUAUUAGUGAACGGUACUGUAGUUGUCUGGAUUGGAAUGCAAGUGGUCUACCAUGCUGCCAUGCUAUUGCUGUCUUCAACUGCACUGGUAGGGAUGUGUAUGAUUAUUGUUCGAGUUACUAUAAAUCUGACACCUAUCGUUUGACGUAUUCUGAGUCCAUAAACUCUGCAUUGGCCCCUUUUGAGUCUUCGGAUGGUGAGAUUACUGAUGCAGCACAUGUGCUUCCUCCAUCAGUCUCCAAGCAACAAGAAAAGAAAAGCCAGGCCAAAGCAAAGAGUUUGUCGGCAAGGACAGUUUUUUGCUCUAGGUGCAAGGAUUCAGGGCAUAAUAAAAAAACCUGCAAGGAACCCAUGGAUGAUCCUUUGUCAAGUAUGGACCUCAUAGAUGCUCCUAUAUCAGGUAUGGACCCCGUAGAUGCUCCUUCGUCAAGCAUCGUCCUCGUAGAUGCCCUUUCAUCAAGCGUCAUCCCCGUCGAUGCCCCUCCAUCAAGUAUCGUCCCCACAGAUGCUCCUUCAUCAAGUAUCGUCCCCAUAGAUGCCGCUCCGUUGAGUAUCGACCACGUAGAUGCUCAUUCAUCAAGUAUCGUUCCCGUAGAUCCUCCAUCAAGUAUCCCUUGAUGUAAUCCUUGAAUCAUACCGUCUUGGAUGCUUGUUUGUUAUGAAUUCAUGUACAGUGUUAAUCGACAUUUUCCGAACUGGUCUCUUUGAACUAGGUUUGUGACGAGGUUGUUUUGUUCUUGAGUUUGUCUAGAGUUUUAAAUUCGUAAAUUUCGCAUUUGAAUC